AUGAAGUUCUUCAUUGAUGACCUUCCGGUGCUGUUUCCUUAUCCUCGCAUCUAUCCGGAACAAUAUGCCUACAUGUGCGACCUCAAGAAGACCCUCGAUGCCGGGGGUCAUUGCGUGCUGGAGAUGCCCUCAGGAACAGGAAAGACCGUUUCGCUUCUAUCCUUGAUUGUCGCCUAUCAGCAACACUACCCCGAGCACAGAAAGCUUAUAUACUGCUCACGUACUAUGUCCGAGAUCGAGAAGGCACUGGCCGAGCUUCAAGCGCUCAUGAAACACCGUGCGAAAGAACUGGGACAUGAAGAGGAAUUCCGUGCGCUUGGUCUUACCAGCCGAAAGAACCUGUGCCUCCACCCGUCGGUCAGGCGAGAGAAGAGUGGUACUGUAGUUGAUGCGAGGUGUCGGAGCUUAACGGCCGGGUUCGUCAAAGAGAAGAAAGAGCGAGGCGAAGACGUGGACCUUUGUGUCUAUCAUGAUAAUCUUGAUCUCCUAGAGCCGCAUAAUCUCGUCCCACCUGGUGUGUUCACCCUCGAUGGCCUCAUGAGAUACGGCGAAGAUCACAAGCAAUGUCCAUAUUUCUCAGCACGUCGCAUGAUGCCAUGGUGCAAUGUGAUCAUAUACUCCUACCACUAUCUUCUUGAUCCGAAGAUCGCCGAACGAGUAUCCCGAGAACUCUCGAAAGACUGUAUCGUGGUCUUUGACGAAGCACACAACAUUGAUAACGUUUGUAUCGAAUCGCUUAGUAUCGAUUUGAGUGAGGACUCUCUCCGCAAGGCUACGAGAGGUGCAAGCAAUUUGGAACGCAAGAUCGAGGAAAUGAAAAGCACAGAUGCGGAAAAACUGCAGAAUGAAUACUCAAAACUCGUGGAAGGAUUGCAGCAGGCUGAGCAGGCCCGAGAGGAGGAGCAAUUCAUCUCGAAUCCUGUGCUGCCCGAUGAUCUGCUGAAAGAAGCAGUCCCUGGAAACAUCCGUCGAGCCGAGCAUUUUGUGUCUUUUUUGAAGAGAUUCAUCGAGUAUCUGAAGACACGUAUGAAGGUGACCCAUACUAUCUCAGAGACGCCUCCGUCGUUCUUGACGCACUUAAAAGACCUCACGUACAUCGAGCGCAAGCCCUUGAGAUUCUGCGCAGAACGACUAACUUCAUUGGUUCGAACACUGGAGCUUGUUAACAUUGAAGACUAUCAACCGCUCCAAGAAGUCGCGACAUUCGCAACCCUGGUUGCAACCUAUGAUAAAGGUUUCGUUCUAAUCCUUGAGCCGUUCGAGUCGGAAGCGGCCACAGUACCGAAUCCGAUCCUUCACUUCACUUGCUUAGAUGCGGCCAUUGCGAUCAAGCCAGUCUUCGACCGUUUCAGCUCGGUUAUUAUUACAUCCGGAACUCUUUCCCCCUUGGAAAUGUAUCCCAAGAUGCUCGGCUUCACGACCGUCUUACAAGAAUCAUACAGCAUGACCCUGGCUCGACGUUCUUUCCUGCCCAUGAUUGUUACUCGAGGUUCCGACCAAGCACAGGUGUCAUCUUCUUUCGGCAUCCGUAAUGAUCCUGGUGUUGUGCGAAAUUAUGGCUCUCUGGUUACAGAGUUUUCUCGUAUCACCCCCGAUGGUGUCGUCGUUUUCUUCCCCUCGUAUCUGUACAUGGAAUCUAUCAUCAGUAUGUGGCAGGGUAUGGGCAUCUUGGAUCAAAUUUGGAACUACAAAUUGAUCCUAGUCGAAACGCCUGAUGCCCAAGAGUCCUCUCUCGCUCUGGAGACAUACCGCACAGCUUGCUGCAAUGGACGAGGUGCACUCUUGAUGUGUGUCGCCCGAGGCAAGGUAUCCGAGGGUAUCGAUUUCGACCAUCACUAUGGUCGUGCUGUGCUGUGCAUCGGUGUGCCAUUCCAGUAUACAGAAUCACGUAUCUUGAAAGCACGUCUAGAGUUCUUGCGAGAGAACUACCGCAUCCGAGAAAAUGACUUCCUAUCAUUCGACGCGAUGCGCCAUGCCGCGCAAUGUCUCGGUCGCGUGCUCCGUGGCAAAGACGACUACGGAGUCAUGGUGUUAGCCGACCGUCGCUUUGAACGCAAGCGGAACCAGUUACCAAAAUGGAUCAACCAGGCCAUGCUCGACAGCGAAACCAACCUCAGCACUGAUAUGGCCGUCUCCACUGCCAAGAAUUUCUUGCGCACCAUGGCACAGCCUUUCAAAGCCAAGGACCAGGAGGGGAUCUCGACCUGGGGCUUGGCAGACAUUGAGCGUCAUGAAGCCAAACGCAAGGCGGAAGAGGCUCGCGUGAUGCAGCAAGAAUUUGCCAAUGGCAAUAAAAUGGAUGGCGUUGUGACGUCGGCUGUCGAAGUGGUCGAGGACGAAUAUGACGAUGGCAUUGAUGAAGACAUGAUGAUGCUUGAUGCCUAA